AUGCUUGACUGCAAGCUUGUUGAGACACUAAUUGAGAUGAAUCACAACCUUGCCAUCUAUCCGAAUCAAGUUCCAACUGAUAAAAGAAGGUAUCAACGUUUAGUAAGGAGACUUAUUUAUCUUUCUCAUACUAGACCUGAUAUUGUUUAUGUUGUGAGUGUGGUUAGUCAAUUUAUGCAUUGUCCCAGCGAAAAGCAUAUGGAUGCAGUGUAUCGUAUUUUGAAGUAUCUUAAGAUGACACUUGGAAAAGGCUUGUUGUUUGAAAAGAAGGGUGAAUUAGAAGUUGUAGGGUACACAGAUGCUGAUUGGGUUGGUGAUAAGAUUGACAGACGGUCUAUAUCUGGGUAUUUUACAUUUGUUGGAGGAAACCUUGUGACUUGGCGUAGUAAGAAACAAAAAGUCGUUGCAAGAUCAAGUGCUGAAGCAGAGUUUCAAGGUAUGACACAUGGAGUUUGUGAGAUGCUGUGGAUUCGUAAUGUAUUAAAAGAAUUGGGUUUCAAACUCAAGAAACCCAUGGACUUGCAUUGUGAUAGCACGUCUGCUAUUGAAAUUGCUCAUAAUCCUAUUUAG